AUGUCUACUCUCUCUUUAACUCCAUUUUCCUUUUUCUGUAAUCUCUUUCUCAUCACUAUCCUUCUCACGUCUAAAUCCAAAGCAGACAACAACGACCACAACGACCAAAAAUUCCACUACUUCUGUGACCAAAACAACGACAGAGGUAAUUUCAUAACCGGUGAUACCUACGACAACAACCUCAAAAUUGCUUUUACGCGUCUCACUUACAACUCAAAACUUGAUAACGGUUUCACCAAUACCAUUUUCGGCGAAAACAACAACAAAAUACACCUGAUAGGAAUAUGUAGAGGAGACAUUAAUUCUCAAGAUUGUCGCAAAUGUCUCAUUGGUUCUAAACCCAAUCUCACACAAGCAUGUCCAAACAAAAAAGAAGCAAUUGGAUGGUACGAAGACGAGAAAUGCAUGCUACGUUAUUCCGACCGUUCGAUUUUAAACAUAAAUGAAAUUGGACCGGCUUAUUUUGCAUGGAACAUGAACAACGCAACAUUGGCAGAUCAAUUUAACGUUGCUGUGAAACAAUUGUUGAAUGAUUUAAAAAACAAAGCUAUAAAAGGUGACUCGAAUCGUAAGUAUGUUGUGGGAACAUUGCCAGGUCCUAGUAAUGGUGACAUAAUAUAUGGUCUUGUUCAGUGUACACCUGAUUUGAGUGGUCCACAGUGUGAUGAUUGUUUGAUUUCAUCCAUCGUUGAAGUUUCGAGAUGUUGCAUUCUAUCAACAAUCAGCAGCACCGGCUUCAAAUCUGCCAUGAAGAUAAAGGAAACACGUGAAGAAGUAUUGCUGCUAUAUAUAGUGGUGUCAGUGUUGAGUUUGUUGUUGUGCCUACUUUUAGCUGUGUGUCUGUUUGAGAAUAAGGAUAAUCAACUAAACUUUGAACUAUUUGUAAUAAGCACAGAUGCUUCAUUAGGAGAAUCUUGUGUAUAUAUGCUGCAAUAUGUUUAG